AUGCCAAAAAAAUAUAAAAAACUAUUUAAUCAGGAUUAUAAAAAGAUCUUUAUGUAUUGUGCGAGAACUGCAUCUCAUUUUCGAGAUGAUAUGUUCCCGCCAUGUGAUACAUCACUUUGGAAGCAUAAAUCUAUUCCUGAAUAUCAUGAACCUCUUGAAUGGAAAAGGUGUAAGGAUAUAACUUCAGAUCCUCAUUUGUUUAUAUUUAAAAAUAAACAAUUAAAUACUGAUGUUGUUAAAGGAGUUAUUGGAGACUGUUGGUUUGUGGCAGCUUUAGGUGUUUUGGCAGCUCAUCCAAAACUUUUAAAUAAAGUGGUUCCUAAAUGGACGGCACAAGAUUGGUGUCAUAGUACUGAACCUGGUAAACAAUUGGGUGUUUAUAAUUUCAGAGAUACUGAACGACAUCCUGGAAUAUUCCGUUUUAGAUUUUAUCGAUUUGGAGAAUGGAUAGAAGUGGUAGUUGAUGAUUAUCUUCCAACAAAGAAUCGUCGCCUUAUAUAUGCUCACUCAAAGAAUCCUAAGGAAAUGUGGUGUUCGUUGCUAGAAAAAGCUUAUGCGAAACUUUGCAAAUGUUAUGAAGCUCUGGAAGGUGGGUCAUCUUCCGAUGCGCUUGUUGAUCUAACAGGUGCCGUUCCAGAAACUAUUCAACUACAUUCGGAAGAGGGUGAGGAUAAUAUCCUGCAAAAAAUGGGUGAAAAAAAUUUUGUUGCUAUGAUACAAGUUGCCAUUAGGGAAAAAGCACUAGUGAGCUGUUCCAUUGAUGUACUCGAGGAUGAGAUUCAACAAGAAAGGUUACCUAACGGUUUAGUUGUUGGGCAUGCAUAUGGAAUUACAAAUAUACAAGUACUCAAAGUCGGUGCCAUGUUCAAUAAAAAUGAAAUCAUUCUAAUACGUCUGCAUAACCCAUGGGGUGAAGUAGAAUGGAAUGGUCUUUGGUCUGAUAAAUCACCAGAAUGGCAAAACAUUUCCAAAUCUAAACGUAAACAAUUGGGAUUUACCAUUGCGGAUGAUGGUGAUUUUUGGAUGUCUUUUCAAGAUUUUAUAUCAAAUUUUUCUACUCUCACAAUUUGCCGUUGUAUUAACACAUCAUUAUUAACGUUUGAUAGGCGUUGGCAUGGUGCGAUGUUUCGUGGAGAAUGGUUAAUAGAGAAUGAAACAGCUGGUGGAUGUAUUAACAACGCAGAAACAUUUUACCAAAAUCCACAAUAUUCUAUCAAAAUUCAUAAAUCUACAAUCCUAAUAGUAUCGUUAAUGCAACAAGAUAAUCAUGCAGAAAUUGGUGCAGAAAAAAUCACUAUAGGAUUUAUUAUUCUUAAAGUUGAAUUAAAUCGUAAAUAUCGAAUUCACAAACCGACCUACGAAAUUGCCGGUCGAGUUACUUAUAUAAAUUCUCGUGAAGUUACCCAAAGAUUUUCUUUGAAGCCUGGUCAUUACAUCUUAAUUCCUUCUGCUUAUAAUGUUGAUGAUGAAGGUUCAUAUUUCAUGCGUUUGUUUUCUUCAAAUCCUAUAAAUGCCAGAUUACUUAGAAAAGAUUCUCCAAAACGUAAAUGGUAUUAUCCGUUAAUUUAUUACGGAAAGCCUUAUUUUGUUGGGACUAUAAGAGCUCAAAUAUUAGGAGGUCAAUUCUCACGGCGCAUUGAUAAAGUAUAUAUUAAAAUAACAUUUACAGAUUUUAAAAAGACUGUAGUUUCACAAAUAACUCCAAAAUUCGAUACUGUAAAACCAGAAAUUGGUGCAGAAUAUCUAUUUUAUGCAAGAGAUCCUUCAAACGCGAGACUUUUAUUUCAAUUAUAUCAACAUCAAACGUUUGGUAAAGAUAUAUUGAUAGGUGAAACGAGAAUAUUAGUUAAUGAUUAUUCAAAAGAAGGGAAAGAUGGAAAAUUUUGGGAAAUUACAAAGACUUUAACACGUGUUAUUCAAGUUCCAAAACAUAUGGGGAUGAUCAGAACAGAAGAAGUAGAAGCUUCCGAUAACCCUGCUCAUGUAUAUAGUCGUAAUGAGCGUCUCGCGUCUGGAUCACACACAUCUUUAAGUAUGCCUGGAGGAUAUGGUCGUGGAAUAGAAUACGGCGUUGGUGGAAUCGGGGUAAUGGACUCAAGUACAUAUGAUAUGCCUAACAAGAAGGUUUUUGUGGAACAAAUGAGAAGGAGAAAGAAGAUAAAAAAGGUUGGCCAAACUACGUUUGUUCCACAAAUUGUUGAUGCUGGAAUUGGUGAUUUGCAAAUAAGGCUGUUAUAUUCUUGCGGGAUUAAUUCUUGA